AUCGACGGGUAUCCAGUUGGUGGACUAACAAUUUCUCUCCUUGGUAUCAACAACCCACGAUUAGGGCUUCCCGUUGCAGCCGAUGGCCACCUGGGUUUGGGAUACCCAGAAUCUAGCAGGACAGUACCUGAUUUUAACAUUUUGAAUGUUAUGUCAGCAAAUCAGAUGAUAGACUACAAAAGAUUCACUCUAUUUUGUGUAUGUGCUCCUCACCGCAACGAUCUGGAACCUGACGCUCGCAUUGUGUUCGGGUCGCAUGAUACAAUCGACCUGAGAAGUUUCCGGAUGGUGCCCGCAGAAGUGACCCGUGCUUCUUGGAAGGUCCCAGUAACCAGCCUCAAGACAACUACAGCACGGAUUUCUUCGAGAUCAUUUUUUGCCACACUUGACACCACUACCUGGUUAAACAAGGCCAGCGCGGAUCGUGCAGGGCUAAUUAACACAGCAUUGGGAACGACGCUUUCGGGAAAUUUGUACGUCGUGGACUGUGAUCGAAUUCCGGGGCUACCGACACUCGUUGUCUCACUUCAAGGGGCAGAUCUAAGGUUCCCACCUGAAAAUUAUAUUCAAAAAGAGGAGGUGAACGGACAGACACGUUGUUUCAGCUCAAUCGUUCCGGAUCCACAAAUAACAACUGAACGCAUGGUAUUUGGAAUGACCUUCUUGGAACACUUUACAACUUUGUUCGAUCAACAAGAAAAACAAAUUGGAUUCAAGCCGAGAGUCUGCUAA